CUUAAAAUGUAAAGAAUGAAUUGAUAUUUAAGAAUAUUUCUUAUGAAAGUACAAUUUAUUAAUGAUGUUGUUGAUUUUAUGAGAAAAAAAAUAUUUUAGAGAGCGCCACGUGCAAAUUAAUGAAAACACGUCAUCAUUACAUUUAACGUACACAAAAGGACCAAAUUCUUCUUCAAAUGCGAAUUUCAAAUGUUAACGAUAUAAAAAUUGCUUUGUCCGCGUAGUUAGUAAUUUUUUAAAAUGAUUAAAAUGUACUUAAAAAAUGUAACACUUGUCAAAAUGUUAUGAAGAUUGUUCUAACCCAACUUCCCAAUUUUAGACAAAUAAUAGGUAGCAUAAUAUAAAAUAUGAUGUCCAAUGGUAUUUGGAUCUCUGCUAAAGAAGUUGGAAGGAAACCAAUGUCAAACAACGCAAAUUGUUCACCCAUAACAUCCUCAACAUUAAAUUCUCCACUCAUGAAGUUGUCUUCAUAUUUCUUAGCUGUACGACCAUGGUCAUUAAGUGCUUCAUUAAUGCCAACACUUCUUGGAUCUGCGUUAGCUUAUCGGUUAACAGGCAUAGCAAAUUUUAGCUGGAUAUCUUUGAUUCUUACAGUAUAUACAGUCUUUUGUGUACAUGGAGCAGGUAAUGUAGUGAAUACUUAUUUUGAUUAUAUAAAAGGUGUAGAUAGCCGGAAAAGUGAUGACAGGAUAUUAGUAGAUCAACUUUUAUCAAAGGAUGAAUUAGUUUCACUAGGUGCAUUAUUGUACACAGCAGGAUGUCUAGGUUUUGUUUUAUUAACCACCAUAUCUCCUGCAAAAAUGGAACAUCUUGCACUUGUGUACUUUGGAGGUUUAUCUUCUUCAUUUCUUUAUACAGGAGGAAUAGGAUUUAAAUACAUUGCAUUAGGUGAUGUUCUUAUCUUAGUUAUAUUUGGCCCUAUUUCAGUUUUAUUUGCAUUCAUGGCUCAAACUGGUUAUAUAGAACUAGGUACAAUCUACUAUGCUAUACCUCUUGCACUAAAUACAGAGGCUAUUUUACAUAGUAACAAUACUCGAGAUUUAGUAAGUGACAAGAAGGCAGGAAUAGUAACAUUAGCUAUUUUAAUAGGUCAUACUGUAUCUCAUGUUUUGUAUGCAUUUUUAUUAUUUACACCAUAUGUAACUUUGGUGGUGCUUGCAUUGAGGUAUUCUAUUUGGUUUCUAUUGCCAGUAAUUACAUUACCAACUGCUUUCAAAAUAGAAAAACAAUUCAGAAGCCCUCAUACAAUUCAACGUGUGCCUAAACAAACAGCUCACUUAAAUAUGUUUUUGGGAAUUUUAUAUGUUAUUGCUUGUUUACUUGUGGAUCCUCUUCCCUAUCUGUAAUAUAUUUAUGUCUUGUAUUAUUGUCCAGAGAAGAAUUUGACAAUUCGAACAAUAACGUGAGCAGCUGUUAGCCUAUCUAUGCGUAAU